AUGCAACCAACUAGAGAAUGUGAGGAUAUCGGACCAUAUAUACACCUAGAUACCCAGUCCGUCAAUAAAGCCAGUCAUCGAUUCGUUCCAUCUGUCAUGUUUGCCGUGAAUUUCACCAGGCCAGACUUUAACUGGGACCUCAGGCCGAAGUUACCGGGACUACCGGAUCGGGAGGAGUUAAUGGAGCACAGCGAUUUAUGCAUCUUCCAAAGGAGAAUGCCCUCUGUGGCUAUAUUUGUACUUUACGGACUGGCUGUACCCACAUUGGCUUCGUUUGGUCUCUGCACAAACUUCAUAAACGCCGUAGUUUUCAUGAGACCCAAGAUGACACCCUCGUCCUUCAGCUACCUGGCUGCCCUCUCCUGGAUGGACUGCAUCUCCUGCUUCCUCAUAACCAUGACUGCCUUGUCCAGAAGCUAUUUUUACUCCAGUCCUUCAUGGAUCGAAUAUGAUUACAAAUGGCAGACGCCACUUUUUGGCAUCAGCACGGGAGCAGCCAAUCUUAUCUUGGCCUGCUUGAGCUUGGAUCGAUUCACCUACCUGUCCAGUAUAAAGAAAACCAACGGAGCUCCACGAUUUUGUCGGCGCAAGGUGGCUCGUUAUAUGAUUGCCACAGUGAUUACGAUAUCCGUGGUGGUUAAUAUGCCUUAUUUUUUUGUUUUCUACGUCGAUGGAGAUGGAACUUGCCAUGUCACGCAGUUCUAUUUUUCCUUUUUUUAUAAAGUUCAAAACUGGUUUACCUUUGUCCUGUUGGCCCUAAUGCCUGCCAUAUUCUUGGUUAUUGGCAACAUGGCCAUCAUCAUAGCCUUUCGCAAAUGGACGAAGCAGAGCCAGAGAUGUCACCAAUCGGGUGGAAAUAAUGCCAAUUCUCUCACCACUUCCAAGCGCUAUCAGCAUCAAAUGAAACUAACCAUAAGUAUUGUAAUAGUGAUUACACUUUACUUGAUUGGAGAACUUCCUGCUCACAUGACCUCCAGGAAGAGCUCCUUGAAUUUGAUAUUUGGCGGAGAUACCAACAAAGUAAAUGAGGGUUUGAUGGAGCAACUAGAGGUGAUAUGCAUCACCCUGAAUGCCCUGCAAUUGUCUCUGAAUAUUGUGGUCUACGCCGUCAUCAAUCCCUCCUUCAUGCCAGAGUUUUUCCUGUGCAUGAAGGGCACCUCGGACAUUUGUCUAGGAUUGUGCUGCAUCCGGCCAAUGCUUCGGAGCUGGCAACGUUUCCUAGCCCAUCGACGUCAGCGGAUGCUGGCGGAGGAGCGAGGAGCUGUGGUCAGCAGUGUGUCACCCCAGCAUCUGCCGGCGGAUGAGGCUCCCCAAUGCGGGUGUGAGAGUUGGGCCAGUGAUUCCGGGUGCAGGAACGAUGCUCAUUGCAAGGCUAUCGGCACGUUCACUAUGGUCAAGGAGGAGGAGGCAGAGGGACACCACUGCCGACAGGAACCGGAGGUUUUCACCACUAGAUCCAGCGCCUGUCUACACACCAAAGACACUGCUUCGGAUGAGGAGUCCAUCUUUAGUUCUAGCUUCAUUAUAAUUACUUAA